AUGGCUACACCGGUCACGGUUACGACAAAUGCUUCUGACCCUUCCUUGUCUUCUCUUCCCCAAGUUAUCUCGCUCAACACAGCCACACUCAUACCCCAAAAACUGAACGGACAAAAUUAUUCCUUGUGGAGCUCUCAAAUGACAAAUCUCCUCCUUGGCUACGAUCUCAUGGGUUAUAUAGAUGGCUCUUUUCCGUGUCCACAAGAGACUGCCCCAGAAUUCAAAGUUUGGGGGCGCCAAGAUCGCUUACUACUUCUUGCUAUUCAAACCUCUGUUCAAGGACCAGCAGGACCUCUAAUCACUCGAUGUGCAACUGCUCAAGAAGCCUGGAAGACACUAGCAACGACUUAUGCGAACAAGUCGAACACUCGAAUUGUAAGUCUCAUUGAAGCUCUCACUAAACUCAAUCAAGAAGGGAAAAGUAUGUCUGAAUACUUACAAUCUGUCAAAACAAUUAUUGAUGAUCUCAAUGCCAUCGGACACAAAAUGAGUGAUGGAGAAGUCGUUGUUCACACACUCAACGGACUUCCCAAUUCCUUCAAAGAAAUCAAGGCUGCGUUAAGGGCUCGAGAGACGGCUAUUUCUUUCGACGAAUUGACGGAAAAACUGGUCGACUAUGAGACAACUCUCAAACACUCAAAUGCCACUAAAGAAGAGCUCUCAAUUACUGCUCAAUUUUCUCAAAAACAGCCGUUGAGAAGGGGCAAAUUUAACCAAUUUUCUUCUAGGCAAUCCUCCUAUGCAGGUAACAACAAUGGUUAUCGUGGUACUCCCGGCAACUCAGUUUCUCAAAAUGGAACUCGUAAUUUCAAUAAUCACACUAUUCAGCCGUGGCGCAACUCUGGCAUUCAAAUGCAAUCUCGACCUGUUUGUCAAUUAUGUGACAAAGUAGGCCAUGUCGCAAAAUAUUGCCGGUCACGACCUCCACCAUCCAAUUGGCCACAAGCAAAUCUUGCAGCCCGCAAUUCCACGAGCAACAAUUCUGGUUGGCUAGUCGACUCUGGAGCCUCUCAUCAUAUUACCUCCGAUUUACAAAAUCUUGCUAUUCACUCCGAUUAUGGUGGUAAUGAAGAUAUAAUUGUCGGUGAUGGAUCUAGCUACGAGGGCAUCCUUGGUGCGAGGCCGGAGUAA